CGAAAAGCGGCGUCUCCGUGGCGCCUGUCCCCUGUGUGUGGCAGGGCCGGGCGGGCAGCGCCGGGCAGCGCUCGGUGCCUGCAGUGCCGGGAGGAGGCUGCGGGCGCCGCUGUUGACCGAGAGGAGCGAGAGGGAGAGCGGAGCGCUGCCGGCAGCCCCGCCCGCUGCGGAUCGGCUCGCUCGGCUGCUCGCUCUGUGUGCGACCGUGCGGGCCGCGAUCGUGCCCGCGGUGCCGGUGUAUUCUGCAGCCAGGGAGCGGCAGCAGCGCAGGGUGCAGAAGCUGAGAGCAUUGAGCGGCAGCGGGAGUUGGAUCGGCGCUGUUGCGGUGCCGGCGGUGGCGCGGCGGAGAUGAGCGCGGCGGGGAGGCGCUGGGGCCGGCGGCAGCGAGCUCUGCUCUGGGCCGUGCUGCUGGCGGCGUGGGAGGCGGCGUGGGGGCAGCUGCGCUACUCGGUGCCCGAGGAGAUGCCCAAGGGCUCGUUCGUGGGCGAUGUGGCCAAGGACCUGGGGCUGCAGCUGCCGGCGCUAAGCGAUCGCGGUGCCCGCCUUGUCUCGGAAGGUAGGACGCAGUAUUUCUCUCUGCACGGGAAGACGGGACAUUUAGUGACGGCGGAGAGGCUCAACAGAGAGCAGCUGUGCCGGUUGGUGGAGAAAUGCGUGCUGAGCUCUGAACUGAUAGUGGACGGACAGAUGCAGGUGUACGGAAUUGAAGUAGAAAUCACAGACAUUAACGACAACGCGCCGAGCUUCCGAGAGGCAGAAACAGAACUGAGAAUGAGCGAGAUGACAGCCCCGGGAUCACGGUUUCCACUUCCUAGGGCUCACGACCCGGACUCGGGCCGGAAUUCCCUGCAGAGCUACGAGCUGAGCGGUGACGAGCACUUCUCGCUGGCCGUGCAGGCGGGCCCCGGCGGCGAUCAGCGUCCCGAGCUGGUGCUGGCCAAGGCGCUGGACCGCGAGGAGGCGGCGUUUCACGAGCUGGUGCUGAGGGCGAGCGACGGCGGCGAUCCGGCACGGACGGGCACGGCUCGGAUCCGCGUGACGGUGCUGGACGCGAACGACAACGCGCCCGUGUUCAGCCAGGCGGAGUACACGGUGCGUGUGCCCGAGGACGUGCCCGUGGGCUCCGUCCUCGUCACCGUCACGGCUACGGACGCAGAUGAGGGUCUUUACGGGCAGGUGACAUACUCUGUGAAGAAAACGACCGACAUGGCAUCGGAUAUUUUCCAUCUGGAUACUGAAACGGGAGACAUCAAGCUGUUGACGAUCCUUGAUUUCGAGGAAGGUGUUUCGUACGAAUUGGAGGUGCAGGCACAUGACGGUGGAGCUCUUUUCGACACUGCAAAAGUCGCGAUCACUGUGACAGAUGUUAAUGACAAUGCGCCCGAACUGACAAUAUCAUCACAGCUGAACGAGAUCCCAGAGGAUGCCCAGCCGGGAACUGUGGUGGCCCUGCUGCACGUGCAGGACCGGGACUCCGGGGCCAAUGGCGAGGUUCGGUGCUCGCUCUACAAGGACGUCCCGUUCCAGCUAGAGAAGAGUUUCAAAGACUAUUACCGUGUGGUGACAUCGAGAGAGCUGGACCGCGAGCAGGUGUCGGAGUACAACGUGACGGUGCGGGCGGCCGACGGCGGGUCGCCGGCGCUGCAGAGCAGCGCGGUGCUGGCGCUGCGGGUGCUGGACGUGAACGACAACGCGCCCGUGUUCGAGCAGGAGCGCUACAGCGCUCGUCUGGCGGAGAACAACGCGGCGGGCGCGCUGGUGCUGACGGUGCGCGCCACGGACGCGGACUGGGGGCAGAACGCGCGCGUGCGGUACCGGCUGCGGGAGGGGCGGGUGCGGGGCGCGCCGCUGUCGUCGUACGUGUCGGUGCAGGCGGAGACGGGCGCGCUGUACGCGCUGCGCUCCUUGGACUACGAGCAGGUGCGCGAGCUGCAGCUGUGGGUGCGUGCGGAGGACGGCGGCGCGCCGGCGCUGAGCAGCAACGUGUCGGUGCGGCUGCUGAUCGUGGACGAGAACGACAACGCGCCGCAGGUGCUGUACCCGGCUUCGGCGGCGGCGGCGGCGGCGGCGGGCUCGGGCGCUGCGUGGUCGGGCGUGGAGCUGGCGCCGCGCUGGGCGGAGGCCGGCGCGCUGGUGGCCAAGGUGGUGGCGGUGGACGCGGACGCGGGGCAGAACGCGUGGCUGUCGUACGAGCUGGCCAAGGCGACGGAGCCGGGGCUGUUCCGCGUGGGGCUGCACAGCGGCGAGGUGCGCACGGCGCGCUCGCCGCUGGCCCGCGACGCGGCGCGCCACAGCCUGGUGGUGGUGGUGAAGGACCACGGGCGGCCGGCGCUGUCGGCCACGGCCACGCUGAGCGUGGUGCUGGCCGAGAGCGUGGCCGAGCUGCUGGCCGAGCUGGGCAGCGCGGCCGAGGCGGCGGCGCCGGGCGAGGCGGCCGGCAGCCUGACGCGCUGGCUGGUGCUGGCCGUGGCCGCCGUGUCGUGCCUCUUCGUCGCCUUCCUGCUGCUGCUGCUGGCGCUGCGCCUGCGCCGCUGGCGCCGCCAGCAGCUGCUGCCGCCCGCCAGCGGCGCCUUGCGCGGCGUGCCCGUGUCGCACUUCGUGGGCAUCGACGGCGUGCGCGCCUUCCUGCAGUCCUACUCGCACGACGUGUCGCUCACGGCCGACUCGCGCAAGAGCCAGCUGCGCUUGUCGGGCGCCAGCUGCUGCGACACCCUCCCGGCCCGGCCGCUGCCCGACGAGCCCGCGCCGCUGCUCGGGGAGGAGGAUGUGGCCGCCGCCCCGGAGCGGAGACCCCGGUGCCGGUGCAGCCCCGGUCCCCGCGCCAAGCCGGGCCCCCGGAGCGCGGCCAUCCGGCGGCUGCAGUGGCGUCGCGGCGCCUCCGGGUGCCGCUGUUGGCCGCCGCCGAGCGGCGCUGGAGCCGCGGCCGCCGCAGCGUCCUGCCCCCGCAGGCUGCUCGCUCGCCCGGCGCCGGCCACAGCGGCAGCGGCAGCGGCAGCGGCGAGAGGCGGCGCUUGUCGGGGAGCAGCGGCGUCCGAGGCGGCCCGAGCGGGCUGUGUGCGCUGCGGCGGGCGCUGCGCUGUGCGGCGAGAGCGGCUGCGAGGGAGGCGCGGCAGCGGCAGGAGGCAGGAGCGCGGCGAGCGCUGGCGGCAGAGAAUGGCGGUGAGGCGGCGGCAGAGGCGCGGGCCGGGCGGCGGGCGAGCGCUGCUGGGCGCGGUGCUGCUGUGCGUGUGGUGGCGGGCGGCGGCCGAGCGGGUCCGCUACGCCAUCCCCGAGGAGCUGGGCACAGGCUCGCUCGUGGGGCCGCUGGCGCGGGAUCUGGGGCUCAGCGCGGACGAGCUGCCGGCGCGCAAGCUGCGGCUGAGCGAGGAGAAGCAAUACUUCAGUGUGAAUGAGGAGAACGGGAACCUGUACGUGAACGAGAGGCUGGACCGGGAGGAGAUGUGUGGCGAGUCGCCGAGCUGCUCCGUCAGCUUCGAGGUGCUGGUGCACAACCCGCUGAACGUUUUCCAUGUCGAGGUGUCCAUCGAGGAUGUGAACGACAACUCCCCGACCUUCAGCAAGGCUGUUCUGUACCUCGAUAUCGGUGAAUGGAUUCCUCCCGGGACUGGUUUUCCUCUGGAGCUGGCCCAUGAUGCAGACGUGGGCAGCAACUCGCUGCUGACUUAUCAGCUGACCGACAACCCGUGCUUCUCCCUGGCCAUGAAGGACAGUCCGGACGGAAGCAAGCUGGAAUUAGUCCUGGAGAGAGCACUGGACCGUGAGAAGCAAAGCUCCUAUGAGCUUGUGCUGACAGCAGUGGAUGGAGGAGACCCCGUGAAGUCCGGGACUGUCCAGAUUCGGGUGAACGUGACGGAUUUAAACGAUAACCGACCCGUGUUCGAGCAGGACCGGUACCGCGUGAGACUCCGUGAAGACGCGCCGCCGGGUUCGGCAGUCCUGAACCUGUCAGCCUCGGACGCCGACGCCGGUACCAACGCCCACAUCACGUACAGCUUCGGGAAAAUGCCGAUCAAGGUGCGUCAGAAGUUCGUGGUCGAUGCAGAGAGUGGGUCAAUCACGCUGCAGGAGGCGCUGGACUUUGAGGAGACGAGCGCCUUUAGCCUGGCUGUGGAGGCGAAAGACGGAGGGGGUUUGGUGGCGCACUGCAAGGUGGAGGUGGAGGUGCUGGACGUGAAUGACAACGCGCCCGAGAUCACAAUUCUGUCCCUCUCGAGUCCCGUGCCCGAGGACGCCUCGGUCGGCACCGUGGUGGCCGUGCUGAAAGUGCGGGACAGGGACUCCGGCGAGAACGGUCAUGUGUCGUGCGAGCUGUCGGGGGAGGCGCCGCUGUCGAUCGUGGCGUCGUCGGGCGGCUCGUACAAGGUGGUGACGGCGAGCGCGCUGGACCGCGAGCAGGCGGCCGAGCAGCGCGUGACGGUGGUGGCCCGGGACCGGGGCAGGCCGGCGCUGCGGAGCAGCAGGGAGCUGGUGCUGGAGGUGUCGGACGUGAACGACAACGCGCCGGUGUUCGAGGAGGCGGCGUACAGCGCGUACGUGGCGGAGAACAACGCGGCGGGCGCGCUGGUGGUGCGCGUGCAGGCGCGGGACGCGGACGCGGGCGCCAACGGGCGCGUGAGCUACUGGCUGGCGGGCGGCAGCGCGGGCGCGGCGGGCGCGGCGCCGCCGGUGUCGGUGGAGGCGCGGAGCGGCGCGCUGUACGCGCAGCGCUCCUUGGACUACGAGCAGUGCCGCGAGUUCUGGGUGGCGGUGCGGGCGCAGGACGGCGGCGCGCCGGCGCGCAGCUCCACGGCCACGGUGCGCGUGUUCGUGCUGGACCGCAACGACAACGCGCCGCGGGUGCUGUGGCCGGCGGCGGGCGCGGCGGCGGCGGCGGCGCCAGGAGAGGCUGCGGCGGGAGGGGCGGCGCCGCCUUUCGAGGUGGUUCCGCGUUCGGCCGAGGCCGGCUACGUGGUGGCCAAGGUGGUGGCGGUGGACGCGGACGCGGGGCGCAACGCGUGGCUGUCGUACGAGCUGGUGCAGGCGUCGGAGCCGGCGCUGUUCCGCGUGGGGCUGCACAGCGGCGAGGUGCGCACGGCGCGCGCCGUGUCCGAGCGGGACGCGGCCAAGCAGCGCGUGGUGGCCGUGGUGAAGGACCACGGGCAGCCGGCGCUGUCGGCCACGGCCACGCUGCACGUGGUGCUGGCCGAGAGCUUGCAGGAGGCGCUGCCGGAGCUGAGCGAGCGGGCGGCGGGCGGCGAGGCGGCGGCGGCCGAGCUGCAGUUCUACCUGGUGCUGGCGCUGGCGCUGCUGUCGGCGCUCUUGGUGCUGAGCGUGGCGCUCUUGGUGCUGGCGCGGCUGCGCCGGGCCGGGCCGCCCGCCGUGCUGCGCUGCCUGGGCGCGCAGCGCUUCUCGGUGGCCGGCGCCGCCUUCCCGGCCGACUUCUGCGAGGGCACCUUGCCCUACUCCUACAACCUGUGUGUGGCGGCGCCGGCCCGCGCCGUGCCCGAGGCGGCUUGGCCGCCGCCGCCGGUGCCCGUCCUGUCUGCGGAGGAGCUGCUGGGCGGGGAUUCGUGCGAGAAGCCCGGCCUGAGCAGUGAGCUCGUCGUGGGAGAGCCGCCCGCCGAUGCCGACGCCCCGCAGGUGUGUAAAGCGGCCGGGCGGGCAGCGCCGGGCAGCGCUCGGUGCCUGUAGUGCCGGGAGGAGGCUGCGGGCGCCGCUGUUGACCGAGAGGAGCGAGAGGGAGCGGAGCGCUGCCGGCAGCCCCGCCCGCUGCGGAGCGGCUCGCUCGGCUGCUCGCUCCGUGUCCGAGCGUGCGGGCCGCGACGUGCCCGCGGUGCCGGUGCAUUCUGCAGCCAGGGAGCGGCAGCAGCGCAGGGUGCAAAAGCUGAGAGCAUUGAGCGGCAGCGGGAGUUGGAUCGGCGGUGUUGCGGUGCCGGAGGUGGCGCGGCGGAGAUGAGCGCGGCGGGGAGGCGCUGGGGCCGGCGGCAGCGAGCUCUGCUCUGGGCCGUGCUGCUGGCGGCGUGGGAGGCGGCGUGGGGGCAGCUGCGCUACUCGGUGCCCGAGGAGAUGCCCAAGGGCUCGUUCGUGGGCGACGUGGCCAAGGACCUGGGGCUGCAGCUGCCGGCGCUAAGAGAUCGCGGUGCCCGCCUUGUCUCGGAAGGUAGGACGCAGUAUUUCUCUCUGCACGGGAAGACGGGACAUUUAGUGACGGCGGAGAGGAUCGACAGAGAGCAGCUGUGCCGGCUGGUGGAGAAAUGCGUGCUGCGCUGUGAGCUGAUAGUGGAGGGGGAAAUGAAGUUCUAUGAAAUCGUAGUUGAAAUCACGGACAUUAACGACAAUGCACCGAGCUUCCGAGAGGCAGAAAAAGAGCUGAGAGUGAGCGAGACGACAGCCCCGGGGUCGCGGUUUCCCCUGCCAGACGCUCAUGAUCCUGACUCAGGCCGGAAUUCCCUGCAGAGCUACGAGCUGAGCGGUGACGAGCACUUCUCGCUGGCCGUGCAGGCGGGCCCCGGCGGCGAUCAGCGUCCCGAGCUGGUGCUGGCCAAGACGCUGGACCGCGAGGAGGCGGCGUUUCACGAGCUGGUGCUGAGGGCGAGCGACGGCGGAGAUCCGGCCCGGACGGGCACGGCUCGGAUCCGCGUGACGGUGCUGGACGCGAACGACAACGCGCCCGUGUUCAGCCAGGCGGAGUACACGGUGCGUGUGCCCGAGGACGUGCCCGUGGGCUCCGUCCUCGUCACCGUCACGGCCACCGACGCCGACGAGGACUUGUACGGGCAAGUGAAAUACUCGAUUGAGAAAAUUACAGAGAUGGCAUCGCAGAUUUUCCAACUGCAUGGGGAGACCGGAGCAAUCACCUUGUCAAAGAGCCUGGACUUCGAGGACGGCAACUCCUACGAACUGGAGGUGCAGGCACAUGAUGGGGGAGGUCUUUUUGACACGACAAAAGUCGUGAUCACUGUGACAGACGUCAACGACAACGUGCCAGAGAUUUCGGUGCGGUCGGCACUGAGUGAGAUCUCGGAAGACGCCCCAGCGGGAACUGUGGUGGCUCUGCUGCACGUAAGGGACAAGGACUCCGGGGCCAAUGGCGAUGUGCGCUGCUCGCUCGAUGGGGACAUCCCGUUCCGUCUGCAGAGCUCACACGGCAGCUACUACAGCGUGGUGACAUCGAAAGAGCUGGACCGGGAGCAGGUGUCGGAGUACAACGUGACGGUGCGGGCGGCCGACGGCGGGUCGCCGGCGCUGCAGAGCAGCGCGGUGCUGGCGCUGCGGGUGCUGGACGUGAACGACAACGCGCCCGUGUUCGAGCAGGAGCGCUACAGCGCUCGUCUGGCGGAGAACAACGCGGCGGGCGCGCUGGUGCUGACGGUGCGCGCCACGGACGCGGACUGGGGGCAGAACGCGCGCGUGCGGUACCGGCUGCGGGAGGGGCGGGUGCGGGGCGCGCCGCUGUCGUCGUACGUGUCGGUGCAGGCGGAGACGGGCGCGCUGUACGCGCUGCGCUCCUUGGACUACGAGCAGGUGCGCGAGCUGCAGCUGUGGGUGCGUGCGGAGGACGGCGGCGCGCCGGCGCUGAGCAGCAACGUGUCGGUGCGGCUGCUGAUCGUGGACGAGAACGACAACGCGCCGCAGGUGCUGUACCCGGCUUCGGCGGCGGCGGCGGCGGCGGCGGGCUCGGGCGCUGCGUGGUCGGGCGUGGAGCUGGCGCCGCGCUGGGCGGAGGCCGGCGCGCUGGUGGCCAAGGUGGUGGCGGUGGACGCGGACGCGGGGCAGAACGCGUGGCUGUCGUACGAGCUGGCCAAGGCGACGGAGCCGGGGCUGUUCCGCGUGGGGCUGCACAGCGGCGAGGUGCGCACGGCGCGCUCGCCGCUGGCCCGCGACGCGGCGCGCCACAGCCUGGUGGUGGUGGUGAAGGACCACGGGCGGCCGGCGCUGUCGGCCACGGCCACGCUGAGCGUGGUGCUGGCCGAGAGCGUGGCCGAGCUGCUGGCCGAGCUGGGCAGCGCGGCCGAGGCGGCGGCGCCGGGCGAGGCGGCCGGCAGCCUGACGCGCUGGCUGGUGCUGGCCGUGGCCGCCGUGUCGUGCCUCUUCGUCGCCUUCCUGCUGCUGCUGCUGGCGCUGCGCCUGCGCCGCUGGCGCCGCCGGCAGCUGCUGCCGCCCGCCAGCGGCGCCUUGCGCGGCGUGCCCGUGUCGCACUUCGUGGGCAUCGACGGCGUGCGCGCCUUCCUGCAGUCCUACUCGCACGACGUGUCGCUCACGGCCGACUCGCGCAAGAGCCAGCUGCGCUUGUCGGGCGCCAGCUGCUGCGACACCCUCCCGGCCCGGCCGCUGCCCGACGAGCCCGCGCCGCUGCUCGGGGAGGAGGAUGUGGCCACCGCCCUCCCCGAUGAUCCCUCCGCUCCCUCGACCUCUGAAGUCUCUUGA